AUGCAGUUGAAUCCCAAUCAUCCUUUCAUAUUUUAUUAGACCAUUCCUAUUCUUGUAUAUAAAUAUCUUAUAAAUUAAAAUAAUUAUUAUAUCAUUUAAAUAGCCAACAUGGAUUAAGGUGCAGAUGGGUUUUAGAUUGUGUUAGAUGGUGGAUAAGUGGGGUAUGCUGUCCAACCAAAGGAAGAUUGUCCACAUUUUUAGCAAUAAGAUCUUCACGAAUUAAUGAAGUUUACUGAAUAACAUAGAAAUACUUUAUUUUCAUAGCCAUGCGUUUAAUGUGGAGAUGCUUCUGAGAAUUGGGUAUGCAUGCAUUGUAGAGAGAUUCAUUGUUCUCGAUUUGUAAAUUCUCACAUGGUCGAACAUAACAAAAAAAGUGGACAUCAAAUUGUUCUAUCGUUAACAGAUUUAUCAUUUUGGUGCUAUGAUUGUUCCUCCUACAUAACGAAUUAUUUGAUUUCCAAAGCAAGUAAAUUAUUGUCAUCGAUCAAAUUCAACAAUCAAGAAGACAAAAAGGAUGAGACGUAGGAAAUUAAGCAAUUAAUUGAGCAAAUUUCUAAUCUUAAGGUUACGAAUGAGGAUGAGUUCACUUAUGCAAAGUUAGUUGAUGGAUUGAAAAAUAAGAAAUUUUAAAGAGUCUGUGUGUUGGCUGGAGCUGGAAUGAGUGUAGCUGCUGGAAUUCCAGAUUUCAGAACUCCUGGGACAGGAUUAUAUUCAUAGAUAUAAAAAUAUAACCUCCCUAGUCCAGAGAGUGUGUUUGAAAUUGAAUAUUUUAAGAAAAAUCCUGAGGCCUUCUAUUGUGUAGCAAAAGAAUUCUUACUAAGUUUUGAUGCUAAGCCAACUCUAGCUCAUAAAUUCUUGAAGUUUUUGGAUUCAAGAGGACAAUUACUCAAAUGUUUUACCUAGAAUAUCGAUGGUUUAGAAUUAGAUGCCGGAGUCUCUCAAGACAAGGUCAUCUAAGCACAUGGUCAUAUGAGAACGGCUCGAUGCAUUGAGUGCUAAGAGGAAGUCUCAAUUAAGGAUUUCAUGAGCCACAUAAAAAAGGGGGACAUCCAUAGAUGUGAAAAAUGCCCAAAGAAAGGAUUGGUGAAGCCUGACGUGGUAUUUUUCGGUGAAGGCCUACCGGGAGAGUUCUUUUAUAGUUGGAACUGUCUAAAGGAUGCUGACCUGUUAAUUGUCAUAGGGACGAGUCUCAAAGUGAUGCCUUUUGCAGCCAGCGUAGCCAAGGUUGGUCCGACCACACCCAUAAUACUGAUAAAUAGAGAGAAUGUUUUAAAUGGUAGAAAGAAUCUAUUGCAUCUGGAUGGGGAUAUCGAGGAAAACUGUAAGAAACUCCUGUAAGAUACAAAUUGAUGUAUAAAUUAAUAGAAUAUUACAAUAUAUAUAGCAUUUAUUAUC